AUUAGAAUAGGGCCCCAGAUGAAAUGUCAAAAAGUAAACAAAAAAUUGCGUUACUCUCGUAGUCAGCAUUUCAGUUAGUUUAAGGUGAAUUGUAUACGUUAUUGUAAUUAUAGAGUAUAAUGAACUAGUUCCACUAAACCGACUGAAUCAAACGUGCAAAAUCAAAUGGAGACCGAAAGUCUUUAUAAAGAAUUGGAGCCUGAUGCAAAUGAAAUCAUGUUCGGGCAGAAAACUCCGCCUGACCGUCCGCUUACGAUGAAAGAAGAAUCCAAGAGGAAAAAGAUUUUAUUGAAACUGGUCGAUCAGAAGUUAAAAUUCAAACUUGUCGAAAUGAUGAGACAACAAGUAGAUAAACAACACAAACAAGAAACUUCGACGACCAACAUACCAACUGUUUGUCAUACGAUAAACAACUAUUCGCAACCAUCAUAUGGUUCCAACGAUUAUCAAUCGCAAUCAAAUUGGUCCCAUUGGUCUGAUUCUGUACAGCACACCGAAGAAUACUGGCAGCAACAUUACCCAGAUGGAUCGCAAGCGUCCGCAUAUCCAUCGUAUUAUGGAACGAUUGUGGAUAAGUCUUGGAAUAGUCAUCAGCCGAAUGUUCAUUCAAAUGAACAAGUCAAUUUUCGGUAUGCUCAUCAAAAUGUGAAUCCGACUAGGUCACUUAAACGGAAACACACACAAAAUCCCCACUUAAUACAUCCAUCAAUGGUCGAUGCGAGAGGACCAAGCAACAACCAAAUAUUAACAACAAACACAGACAUGCAUGAAGGGCCGAAUAACAAGAUGAUACCAGCAUCUCAAUCGUCAUUAAUUUCGAUUAACUCCACACAAAAGCCGCCGAAUACAUCUACCGUCAUUCAUCCUCCAACCAAAAAUCAACAGCUAGCAGCAACACCGCCGGUAUGGAAUGUCCCAAUACCUAUUCCAAAGAUCCACCACACUGCUCAACCAGCCAAUUCAAGGGCCAUGGCUAAAACUACUUCCGAUGGACUAAAGCCGAGACGCCGCAGACGGUAUGGAAGAGGAAAAAAUAUUCACGUUAAAGCUUCCGCACAAGCAGUCGACAAUGUCGUUUUAAGAGAUACAUUUGGACCUCGAUGUAUCAGCACUGUUGCUAGUGAUGCGGCAACCGAUGGUAAUGGUUUGUGGAAUGAGAUAAGUCGAAUGGUUGGCAGUAUUUUCCGCAAAGAGUCCAAUCAAAUCGAGCCACUCUCUGCGUACGAACAGAAGCUACAAAACCGAAUUUUAAUUGCAAUAUCGACAAAUCCGGACGUUCUUCGAUCGGAUAAGGAUGUUUCGCAGUUCCUCAGUCGCAGUAAAAUUGAGGAAAUGAUUUCCAAAGUGAAAAUGAUCUUGCAACAAUUGAAACGAUCGAAUGCUCAGGUUCAGAACGAUUUCACUCAAUUGAGGGAUAAUUUGAUCGGUGACUUGAAAGCGCUGAAUGAGAAAGUGAAUGUUGCCAAUGAUACGGAAAAUGUUCAAUUGAUACUAACGAAAAUAAACGAAGUUGUCGGACCAUUCCUGUUGGAGGAUGUGGAUGAAAAUGCACGAAAUAAUUUUGUUUCACAUUUGGUAACAAAUCCGCGGGCAUUGGAGACUAGUGAAGCAUUAACAAAACCGAUUCCGGACAAAAUGAAUGUCAUGCGUGAAAUAAAAAGUAUUUUGGAUGAACACAUUACGGUGAGACCAGGAAAACGAUUUUACAUUCCUAUCCAUCGAACCAUCGAUGUUCCAUUCGUCGUUGCUGUGCAUGACAAGUCCAACAAAAUCUCCGACGAAAAUCUAAAACUUUUACUCGACGCAUUGAUUGCAAGGGUGGAGAGCGUGGUAUCACAAGUCAAACCGAAAAUCAUCGAUCCAAAAUAUACCGAUGGCACACUGGUAAUGGUCUGUGCGAAUCGUAAGACAUUUGAUUUGAUAAAAACGACAAUUUCUGGUAAUAUCGACGGUAAAUGGCCUGGAGCAGAUCUAACUGUAACUCCAUCAAAAAUUCAAAAUCCGCUGGCACGGAGUGAAUUGAAAACCGUUCGGAUGAAAUUCGCUGAACCUCAAUUUUAUCAUUUCAACGAUUUGAUGGUACAGCUCAAAAUUGACAAUCCAAAUUUACUGGUUCGACGCUGGGAAUUACGCGAACCACCUGCUGGCACAGUCAUCGAUUCGACUGAAGAGAUUUAUGUCGGUGUCGAUAUGGAGUCGUUGGGUCCUAUUGAACAGCUGAACCGUGUUGCUGUUCUGUUAAAAUCAACGGUUACCUUUGAGGUUUGUUACGAUGACAGUGAAAGGAAUUAUCUGCCAGAUCAUUCUUUGUUGAAACAAUGAAAAAUUGAAUGGACUGUAGCUAUUCGACAGAUUAAAUGAAUUGUUUAAUUCGAAACACAACAUU